CUGUUCCUGAGAUCUGGACGAGAGUCUGUCGACAGCGCAUUUCCCCUCAAGAUGAUGAGCAAUUACAGCCCUUGUCAGCCAACAAGUAGCAAGUUCCAACAUGGAGACGGGUCAGCCACUGUCGCUCAAGGUUGUUGCGUUGAUUGUGGCAGUGGCCACAGAUCGUGCGACGAGACCUGCAUCCAAGCCAUUGCCGCCGGAGAUUGUCGCAGAAGCUGCGGUCCCUACGAAGAGCCCGCUACGCCCGUCCAUGACUACGCUGAGCCAUGCUGCGCUCACAAAGAUCAGAUCAGUCGUACCAUUCCACGCAUGCUAGACGCCAGCGACUUGGGCGGCGAACCCCUCCAGGAAUCAGAUCGCUGUGUCGAAAAGACACCUCCCCUGAAGAGCGUUGAAAAAGACAUGCGCUGUGUCAUUGAGAAAAACGACUGCCACACUGAUGGGGAAGGCGACCACUGUCUGAAGAAGGACGAAUGCUGUACCGCAAAGAACAAGAAGGUCGACUGCCCUGCUGACACGAAUCCGAACCGUGCGGACGAGAUGGUGUCCUGUAUCAACACUAAGCAUCACACUUGCUGCAGCGAUCAGCAAGAAACCGGCGCCGGCCAUGUCAAGGACGUUUAUUGCACUGCAAAGGAGAUCGUCCCUGACGUUGGUCAAGACAGUGCUCCUCGAGUACCACAUUCCGCGCCCUCAAUCGGCAGCCAAAAGCAUCCUCGCGCCUACGGAGCAUGUGAAAGUCAUCUCCAACGAGCCUUUGAUCAGUACGCACGCUAUCUCGAAACUGGCCGAUGCAUUUGCAGGAGUGUCCUCAGUCGACUCGACGGCUGCUGUGGUAACCCGGCGAUCAAACAGCCAGCUACCUCGAAUCCUACAAAGCCUUCGGGUCAUUCCAGCUCUGUUGCAACUCAAUCAAUGUCCGGUCUUCGUGCAAUCACGGGGAAGUCUUGCCGAGAGCCUUGCUGUGACGGGAAAAUUUCUCGAGGCAAAGUACGGAGGUCCUCUGACCCAUCAUCAUGUUGCCUGGUGCAGCCCCGUAUGAGCUCCUCUGCUCCUCCGAAAUUACCGUUGGCAGGCGCAAAAGGAGUAGACAUUGAGGGUGACGCUGCUCGCGAACAUGUCAUCCUCGGGGUCUCUGGCAUGACUUGUACUGGCUGCGUGAGGAAGGUCACCAAUGUUCUAAACCAUGUCAACGGUGUCUCUGGCAUCAAAGUCACGUUUGUAACAGGCAUAGCUGAAUUCGACCUCGACCAAAAGGUCGGCAGCCUUCCGCAGGUCGUUUCACGCACCGAGAAGGAAACUGGAUUCAAAUUCUUCCAGAUUGAGAGUAAGCAUCAGGACCUGGACCUUGUGGUUGAGUCUUCGGCCGCCCAACACGUACUUGGGCGGCUGCGCGAUAUGUGCGAAUCGGUGGAGAAAGUCAACAAGACUACUUACCGCGUCAGCUUUGACCCUGCAGCCAUUGGGGUCAGAUCGAUCCUCUCCAGUCUUCCAGGAGUUCGGCUCGCGCCAGCAGGGAAUGAUGUCAAACAGGCGGAGGGACGCCGCAAACUUAUCCGCAUGGCCUGGAGAACCACUUUGGCAGCAAUCUUCACCAUUCCAGUUGUCGUGCUGGCAUGGUCCAAUAACCAACUGCCCUACACUGCAAGUUCCGUGAUUGAAUGUGUACUUGCCACUGUUGUCCAAGCUGUGGCGGUUCCCGAAUUCUAUGCGGGCGCCAUUAGGUCUCUGAUCUAUAGCAGAGUUCUUGAGAUGGACAUGCUUGUGGUUAUCAGCAUCACAGCUGCAUAUGGCUACUCAGUCGUGGCCUUUGCACUGACGUGUGCCGGGUACACAUUGGCGGAAGAGGCAUUCUUCGAAACAAGCUCCCUCUUGAUUACAAUGGUCCUUCUUGGAAGGCUCAUUGCCGCUAUCGCAAAGGUCCGGGCUAUCUCUGCGGUGUCCAUACGAUCGCUGCAGGCAGAAAAAGCCUUUUUGUUCGAUGUGUCGAGCGGAGACACUACAGAGAUGGACGCAAGGCUCCUGCAACUGGGAGAUGUGUUCCUAGUUCCACCGCACAGCAAUAUCGUCACAGAUGGGGUCAUCCUUCGUGGCUCCAGCUCUGUUGACGAAUCCAUGUUGACUGGUGAAAGUCUUCCAGUACCCAAAUCUCCUGGGGAUCAGCUGAUUGCAGGAACCAUCAAUGGAGCAAGGGCCUUGAUGGUCCGUCUGACACGCCUGCCAGGCAAGAACAGUAUAACGGAUAUCGCUGGCCUAGUCCAGACUGCCCUGGGAUCGAAACCUCGUAUCCAAGACCUCGCAGACAAGAUCGCCAGCUACUUCAUUCCCGCCGUGAUCACCAUAUCUCUGAUUGUGUUUGCUGUCUGGAUUGCAGUCGCUCUCAAAGUCCGCGGAGAGGACGGUGGAGGAGCCGUGGGCCUGGCACUUACCUAUGGGAUUGCAGUCAUGGCCGUGUCCUGUCCAUGCGCCCUUGGUCUAGCAGUCCCCAUGGUACUUGUCAUAGCUAGUGGUAUCGCGGCUCGACGUGGAAUAAUCAUCAAGCAAGCUGAUGCAAUCGAAAGAGGCUACAAGGUCACUGACGUUAUCCUUGACAAGACAGGUACCAUCACCACUGGAAAUCUUGCGGUUACUCACCUACAGGUCUUCCCUCUGGGAGUCCUCUCCGAGGACGAGAUCCUCUCUGUCGCCAGGGCCGCCACCAAAGACAACCAACACCCUGUUUCCCUGGCCGUUUCCUUCGAGCUACGGAGGAGACAAGCGCAGAGUGCAGAAGUGGAGAAUUUGGAAUCUGUUCCUGGCGCUGGAAUCCGAUGCACAUGGAAGGGACAAGAAGUCCUGGGUGGAAAUCCUUUCUGGCUCGGCAUUGAGCAUCGUCCCGAAAUUUCUGGAUUGAUCAAUCACCGCAUGACACUCUUUUGUGUCACCAUAGAAUCGAACCCUAUAGCGGUGUUCGGGCUGAAGAGUACCCUUCGCGAAGAAGCUACUAAAACCAUUGCAGAUCUCCAACGUCGCGGUCUCGUUUGUCACAUCGUGAGCGGCGACCACCCGAAAGUCGUGGAGGAUAUCGCACAAGCCGUCGGCAUACCUUUCUCCAAGAUAGCGUCACGCCAGUCUCCCGCAGACAAGCAGAAGUACGUGCAGACUCUCAUGUCGGCCAAAAAGGUCGUGCUCUUCUGUGGUGAUGGGACCAAUGAUGCUGUUGCUGUUGCACAAGCCGACAUUGGUGUUCAGAUGGGAGCUGCAUCGGAUGUCACCAGAGCCACGGCGGAUGUUGUCCUGCUUGGUGGCCUUGACGGUUUGCCUGCUCUUCUCGACUUGUCACGGCGAUCGUUUCGCAGAAUCGCCUUCAACUUCGCCUGGUCGGCUGUCUAUAAUGUGCUCGCGACCUUUCUCGCAGCUGGCGUCUUUGUCAAGGUGCGCAUUCCCCCAGCUUACGCCGGUCUCGGGGAGAUUGUCAGCGUGGUCCCUGUAGUUGCUGCUGCUAUGACGCUUCUGAGGACCAGGCAUGAUUAGUAGUAGGUAGGGCCUGCGGAGAGGUAUCGAGUAGAAUGAGAGAUACUAGUAGUAGUACUCAGUAUUUGUAAGUAGGUAAUCAAUGAUCAUCAUGCCUG